UUUCCUUUAUAUAUUUAAGUUUCGCGGCAACCUCUCUCUCUCUCUCUCUCCCCCUACAAAACACUUUUUGAUAUUUUUUCUCAGUUUCAGAGUUUCUCUCUCUGAAAUCCUCUCUCUAUCGGCGUGUGUACAUGGUUGGGUUUUCGGAUCGGGGCGGAGUUCAUAAUCGAUAGAUAAUCGAAGUGUUUAAUGGCCCCGACAAGAAAAUCUAAAAGUGUGAAUAAGCGAUUUUCUACAAUAAAUGAGGUCUCUCCUGAGAAAGAUGGUAGGACCUUGGGCAAAAGUAAGCAGCGGAAAAGGAAAUAUUCUGAUAAGUUAGGACCUCAAUGGAGCAAGGAGGAGCUUGAGCGUUUUUAUGAAGCCUAUCGGAAAUAUGGAAAAGACUGGAAGAGGGUGGCUGUUGUAUUACGUAACAGAUCCGUUGAGAUGGUGGAGGCUCUCUACACUACAAACCGGGCAUACUUAUCCUUGCCAGAGGGUACAGCUUCUGUGGUUGGCCUGAUAGCAAUGAUGACGGAUUAUUAUAACGUCCUGGAAGAAAGUGAUAGUGAACGAGAGAGCAAUGACGCUUCAGCGUCUCAGAGACCUCUUAAACGCAAGCGGGGGAAAGUUCAACUUAGUGUCUCAAAAGAUCCUUUCCAGUCUCGGUCAAUUGCAACAAGUGAUGGCUAUUUGUCUUUAUUGAAGAGGAGACGGUUUGAUGGUACCCAGCCUCGUGCAGUGGGGAAAAGGACACCUCGGUUUCCUAUUUCACAUUCCAAUAAGAAGGAUGAUACAAAACUUCGUGUUUCUCCAAAUAAAAGAGGCUGGAAGUCAGAUAUUGAUGAUAAUGAUGAUGAAGUCGCACAUGUGGCAGCAUUAGCAUUAACUGAGGCUUCACAGAGAGGAGGCUCUCCCAAAAUUUCUCAAACACAAUAUAGAAGAACAGAGCACACAAAAUCCUCACCUGUUCAGAGCUGGGAAAGAAUGCACGCACCAUCUGACAUAGCUCGUGCCAAGCUUUGUGAUGCUGCCAUGGAUGAAAAAUGCUUGGAAGGUGGUAUAGGAAGCAGGGGAGCUGAAAAUGGAGAUUAUGCAAGAGAUACUUGCUCCUUAAUGGAUAUGGAAGGUGUAGGGACGGUUGACGUUUUUCGAAAGGGGAAGAAGUUUUACAGAAAGAAAGAGAAAGUUGAAGACAUCGGAAACCAUCAGUAUGAUGAUGGUGGAGAAGCCUGUAGUGGAACUGAAGAAGGACUUAACUUUGACGCCCUUAAAGGAAAAGUUAACAACGAGGUUUCAAGUGCAAAAUCGAAGCGAUUUUCUCCACAAGGUCAAAGGAAGAGGAGCAAGAAACUUUUCUUUGGAGAUGAAAGUACUGGCUUGGAUGCUCUGCAGACAUUGGCUGAUUUAUCUCUAUUGAUGCCAGGAUCCACAAUGGAAUCUGAAUCAUCUGUCCAGUUGAAGGAAGAAAGAACAACUUUUGAUAUGGAUGACAAAUCCAGUAUACCAGAAGGUACAUCUACAAGCCAUUAUAGAGAUAAAAAACUCCCUGGGGCAAAACAGAAGGCGCUUAAUGCAAUUUCAGGUGUUGAUGAUACUUCUAAAAAAUCGAAACUUGGGAGGGAUUCAGCAAUUGGUGUUAAUGUUGCUUUUGAAGCAAAAGAACAGCUUCGGCCUACUGAUAAAACAUGGAAAAGAAAGCGCAAGGCCAUGGUAUCAAAGUUGCAGAUAUCAAAUGACAAAGCUCAUGUUGAUUUUCAUCCAAGUGAACCAUUGCAGACUCUGGUCUUAGCUGAAGAAGAGAAUAAACAAGUGAUCAAAGGUAAAUGCACGGGUCAAAGUUUUUCUUUUUCAAGAGCAUGGAGAUCAGCCAGAUCAUCAGAAAGUUUCUUGGAUAGUGGUCAUAGAAGAGCAGAGACUGAUUUAGCAGUAUCAACUGCACAAGUUCCUGCUACAAGUGAAGUUAGUUUAACGACUAAACGAAGAAGUAGACGUAAAAUGAGUCUACCGAGAUCAUCAAUCUCUAAAGAGAUGAAGUCUUAUGAAAACAUUUUGAAAACUCAACAUAAAUACUCCGCCUCAUUGCAAGACAGAGCACUCGAUCUUAAAGAAAAGCUUUCUUGUUGCCUUUCAUCUCCUAUGGUCCGCAGAUGGUGCACUUUUGAGUGGUUUUAUAGCGCAAUUGACUACCCUUGGUUUGCAAAAAGGGAGUUUGUGGAGUACUUAAAUCAUGUUGGCCUGGGCCACAUCCCAAGACUAACUCGUGUUGAAUGGGGUGUCAUAAGAAGUUCUCUUGGCAAACCUCGGAGGUUUUCUGAACAUUUUCUUCUUGAAGAAAGGGAGAAACUUAAACAAUAUCGGGAUUCUGUGAGAAGACAUUAUUCUGAACUUCGUACUGGUAUUGGGGAAGGACUUCCUACAGACUUAGCCAAACCUCUAUCAGUUGGACAACGAGUAAUUGCUCUUCAUCCAAAAUCAAGAGAACUUCAUGACGGAAGUGUGCUCACUGUUGAUCAGGACAAGUGCAGGGUGCAGUUUGACCGUCCUGAGUUAGGAGUUGAAUUUGUCAUGGAUAUUGAUUGCAUGCCUUUAAAUCCAUUGGAAAAUAUGCCAGAAGCUCUUAGGAGACAGAACAUCGCCAUUGACAAGUUCUCUCUUAUAUCUAAGGAGUCACAAAUGAAUGGAGAUCCAAAUAUUGGAGGAUUGAUAUUUGCCUCAGGUGGGCAUAUGGAGAAGGUUUCAAGCCCUGUGAAUACUUUGGCAAAGCAGGGAAAGGUGGAUACAAGCCGUGCUGUUUCACAAGCUAAGGUGGCAGUUAUUGACGUUGUUAGUGCACAACAAGCAGGCUUUAGUCAACCUUGUGUUCUGGCCCAGAAUCAAGCAAGGGAAGCUGAUAUAAGAGCUCUUUCUGAGCUGACUCGUGCUCUAGAUAAAAAGGAAGUGUUGUUGAUGGAGCUUAGGAGCAUGAAUAAUGACAUGGUGGAAAACCAAAAUGAUGGAGGCUGCCCUUUAAAGGAUUCUGAACCUUUCAGAAGGCAAUACGCCAUGGUACUUGUACAGCUAAAGGAAGCCAGUGGCCAGGUUUCUUCUGCUUUGCUUCAUUUGAGACAGCGUAAUACUUAUCCAGCAGAUACCCUGCCUCCUUGGCUGAAGCCCCCAGCCAAUUCUAGUGUCCAUGGUGGCCUCACAAGUUGCUUGGAUGAUUCUUCUAUAUCUCAAGAAUCAGGAUCUAAUGUCGAUGAAAUUGUCAAAGGCUCUAGAUUGAAAGCGCACACAAUGGUAGAUGCUGCUAUUCAGGCAUUCACAUUGAGUAAGGAAGGGGACGAUGUUUUUACAAGGAUUGGGGAGGCUUUAGAUUCUAUUGAUAACCAGCAAUUAACAUCAGACUCUAGGGUACCAGUGGUCAGGUCUCAACAGCAGGUGAAUGGCAGUCUGGGUAACCACAACCAGUUGACUUCUUACUCCUCAGAGCCCCUACUUACUAGUGAUGUAUCUGGUGCAAAAUUGUGUCAUGAUUCUGAUGGAAACGAGGCACAAAUCCCAUCGGAGCUUAUCACUUCCUGCGUUGCUACGUUGCUCAUGAUACAGACUUGUACUGAAAGACAGUAUCCUCCCGCCGAUGUGGCUCAGAUUUUAGAUUCUGCUCUCACAAGCUUGCAUCCCUGCUGUCCUCAGAACCUUCCUAUUUAUAGAGAGAUUCAAAUGUGCGUGGGAAGAAUCAAGACCCAAAUAUUAGCCCUUGUACCAACAUGAAUAUUAUGCUGCCCUGUUUGAUCUGUAGAAUUAACCAUGUAAGUAUUAUGCUGGAAUCUUGAUUUCAACCUCGGUUUCGGCUUUUUUUUUUCUUUCUUUUUGUUUCCGUUUUGUGAUUAAGCUAACUGGGAUCAAUAUUUAAUGCUAGUGAUAGUGAUAUUGUAAUUUUAGCUUCGUUUUGUAAUUUAUGUUUCCUAAUUCCCAAGUAGAUUUCGACUUAAAUUUAGUAGAAGAGAAUGCAACAUCUUGAAAGCAUCCUCUCUCUCCAUUUUUCCUCCCUUUCUCUUCUUUUGGUAAGGAAAAGGUGAUGAAGAUUCUUGCAUGGAACAUGUGAGCCUUAAUAGAAAUUCUUGAAUUAAGUACUUCGGACCU